AUUUUUUAAUCUGUGUUUAAAGUUAAUCACUUCGUGGGACGCUUCGCGCCGUAUAAUUUAUUUUUUCGUAUUAUUUCUUUGCAUUGUUCACUGAAAGGCGAGGAAUUUCCUUGAUUGUAUUCGAAGAAUCCGCGGCGACUGCUUUGUGAUAUUUCUCAACUUUUAGUUUUUGGCAAUGUCGGGUAUAGCUAGUGCACGGUUAGCUGAAGAAAGAAAAGCCUGGCGCAAGGAUCACCCCUUUGGCUUCGUGGCUAGACCUAUGAAAAAUCCCGAUGGAUCUUUAAAUCUCAUGACAUGGGAAUGUGCGAUUCCUGGAAAAAAGGGGACACCAUGGGAGGGAGGUCUAUAUAAAUUACGUAUGAUUUUUAAAGAUGACUAUCCAUCUAGUCCUCCAAAAUGCAAAUUUGAGCCUCCACUGUUCCAUCCUAAUGUGUAUCCAUCAGGCACUGUCUGCCUCUCACUAUUAGAUGAAGAAAAGGACUGGCGCCCUGCAAUCACAAUCAAACAGAUCCUCCUUGGUAUUCAGGAUCUACUCAAUGAGCCCAAUGUCAAGGAUCCAGCUCAAGCUGAAGCUUACACAAUCUAUUGUCAAAACCGAUUAGAGUAUGACAAAAGAGUUCGAGCACAAGCACGAGCUAUGGCGGCGACAGAGUGAUGCAGUAAAAUAUCAAGACACUCAAGUGGACUACUUGCCAUCUCAUUGCUUUGUUGCAGAAAGCAUAUCAAAAUAAUAAUAAAAAAUAUAAAAUUUAAUAAAACAGUUGUGUGGUAAUGAAUAGACACAAGUUACCGCACCAUGUAAAGUAUGAAUUUGCUUUCUGUAGCAAAGCUUCGCAGGCUAGUUCAUGUCAGUGUUAUUGUUGAAAUGUUCAAUGACUUCAAGAAUUAUGAAUUAUCUAUGAAUAAUUCAACAGUACACCUGAUUUUAAUAUUAUAGAGAUUCCAAUAAACUUAAAACCAUUUGUUCUAAUUGCUGUUCACAUUCUAGAAUUAAUGGUUAUUCUUAAGGCUCAUUUUAUUUAUUUGUAUAGUAUCGGCAUUGAAUACAUAUACAUUGGAAAUAAUGGUUAAUAUUGCUUAAGUGUCAGCCAUCUUGUAUGAAUAUCUCAUCAUUAAUAUGUGCAUAGAAGUUAUUGUGAGGAUCUACACUAUUAUUUUAAACUAUUUUUGUAUUUUUAUGUUAGUAAGACCCAAUAAUAAAUUUCUCAAAAGUAUCUGUAAAUAAA